ACCGGCAAAGCCCAGCUGUUGAUGCAAAUAUUUCUCAAGAAAAUUGGAUGACCCAAGAGAUCCCUAUCACUGAGGAACAUCUUCCGCAAACUGAAGACAGCAUCUGUGAAAUCUCUCUUCCAAAAAUGAAGUCCAGCACCAGGGACAUUCCCUUCAAUUCCCCCCAGAACACAGAACUCAAUUAUGAAGAUCAACAUGAGCAGAGUGGUCAAACAGUGGUCUUACAACAAGAAAUGAGACCUGAGGGCAAAGAAAGUGAGAUUUUUGACUUGGGUCAACCUGAGUUGAAGGUUGAAAAUGGAUGGAAGAUGUUAGAUCCCACAGAAGAUCGAUCCUGGCGCGUGAUGACCAAAUCUAUAAAUGGAAGGACAGAUCACUGGACGCCAUCCUCAGACAGAGAAUCCAAGUUGGAAGUGCUCAGAUCUGGCUCACACUAUGCCAUCCGGGCUUACAAAGGGGAGAAGAAACCUUCCAGACUCUAUGAAGAAGAUGAGGAAGAGUUGCGGUAUCAGGUUCCCUCCCAGGAUGUCUCACCAGAAAUAACCAAAGAACUGGAAGAUGAACGGCAGGAGAUUAUCAGGAGACAAGUUGUGAGAAAAAGCAACACAAUGGCAGAAAAAUGGAGCUCUACGAAUGAGUUAGAAGCCAUCGACACGUCCUCUCUUGGAAAGGUUGCAGUAGAACCCAAAAAGGACAAUCUCACUAGCUUUGCUCUUUGUUUUGACAAUCCUUCCCCAGAUUGGGCAAUCAUCCCCAUUGAUCCUGAGAACAUAGACACAGAACAGAUAAAUUUUGCAGCUGCCCGACAGCAGUUUCUCAAACUGGAAAAGACUAAUCCAAAGAUGUUGUUGGAACCCAAGAGACACGUUCCUUCUCCAAGGGAGCUGAAGGCAACAAGCCACACUUAUGGGCGCAAAGAACCCCAGAAUCCUGAAAUGCCGAGGAAUGAUAAGGAGUUGGGUGAGUCCAGCCAGAGACAAUUGAGAGAAAACUCAAUAGGAGGAGACCUUCUCAUUCUCCCCCAGAGAGAAGCCCGUUCUUAUUUCGAGACUAAUUUCGUUUCUGCAGAAAAGAUGCCCUCUGGUUUGGAGGUUGACAUGAGUUUCCAAGGGAAUGUUAAUGAGAGGACAUUCAACAAAGAAUCAGGAAAUCCUCUGGCCAGAGGCCAAGAUCCUGCAAAAGAGCCAGAAGUUACGAACGAGACCCCCAUUGAGCGGGAGAUCAGAUUGACCAUGGAGAGGGAAGAGAACCUUUGGAAGGAGAGGGGCAUCCAGCGAAUCAGUACCAGAGAUGACCUGGUGGAGAUCCGCUCCAAGCUGCUCCUCUCCUCCCCGGUCUCUUCUUCAGCUUCCUCCAGGAAAGGGAAGGAUAAACCUCACACUUCCUUUUAUGUCCUGAGGGAGAUUGAGCAGGAAGCCAAGCGUGAGGAGGACCUGCAAAAGGAAGGGAGGUUGCUGGGAAUGUAUGACCGAGGGCUUCGCCAAGAGCUUGCAGAACGUCGGAAAGUUUUUGAGCGGGAGGAGGAAGAGGUUCCCCUGCCUCCUCUGGGCAAGCAAAAGAAACAGGGGGAGCUGCUGGAGACCCUCCACGGAAACUCUGCAACACUCUGUCGCAAUGUUGUCCCACCCGGAGAGGACAGAGAAAGAACUGCAAGCCAGAAUGUGAACUACAGCUCGGAGAUCCAUCGGCCCUCUUCAGUUCCAGCUUUUGGCAAGAAAACCCCAGGAAAUGAGCCAUCCUUAAAAACGUACCCCACUGAUUCUUGCGCGAAGAUGGAUCUCCCUAGCCGAGGUCCUCCCUGUAACCGAGAUUUGAAAGCUCCAAGAGACAAGUUCGUGUUAAAGAAGCAACAUUUUGCCGUUCCGGUUCGCAAAUUACAGUUCUCUUUUCCGGAAGAUCAGGGACCCCGAAGCCUUCAGAGAAAAGAGCGCCACCCUCAGAAACCAGCUCCACGAGAGGAGCUUUAUACUCUGAAGACAUGGCGGCCCCGGACGUCCAUCCUGAUUGACCAGGAGAUACAGGAUGCUUUGCAAAGAGAACUGGAACUUCAAGAGCAGAGGAGAAAAAUCAGUCUGACGGCACAGGAGCUCCCAAGUUCACAGGUGUCAUCCCAAAGUUCAGCUGCAUCAGGAGAUGAUGGCAGGUACUCUGUCUCCUCUUCACCUGUUUUUGUUCCUAAUUCUCCUGUGAGAUUGCCUACUUCACCCAUCCUGUAUCGACCCGGUUUGACAACAAACUCCCCUGAAUCAAGUUUCGGAAAGUGCCAGAGUCCAAUACAAUGCAGGAUAAGACAAAAGGAAGAUGGGAAGGUAAUGAGCGGGAAAAGAUUUGAAUUCAUGGAGGGUGGCCUUAGACAGGAAGAAGAGUUUCUAGCUGUUCUGAUCCAGGCUUCCCAAGAUCACGAAGCAGACUCCUCGUCCCCAAAAAACCUCUUUUAUUUAGGUUAAAGGGAAUUCCUCUCCAGCAAAGUCCGGGCCAACAGUCUUUCAUGAGAUGUCACAACCACAGAACCUUUAUUAGGCUUGGAGAGUUGCCAGGCCGAUAUCUUCCAAACGCCACUCUGUAGCAGACAAUACUUGGCAAG